GUAUAAGGUGUGUGUUGCUGAAGGUUAUCUGGUGUGGCGCUGCUACCGUGUCUGAAAUCUGUCGCGGAUUAAGUUUUCAUAACAGCACUUUAAUCCCCCCCGUGAGUGCGAGAAACGCCAAGCCCGGCUGGCAGCGCGUCUCCAGUUUGGCUGGAGUCAUGGCCGUACCUGAGGAGGCUCUCAGGUUUCAUCUGAGACUCCCAUGCUCAGGCAACAGCUGCCUCCGAGACUGGGGAAGACGUUCUCGACGAAGACUAAGCCUUGGGUUUAAACUACAGCUCAGAGGAAAUUUCUGGUUGAGUGGACAAGAUUAUGUCCACGUUGGAGCCACAGGCCCGCAGCCGUGUAAUCUAGCUUCUGGAUCAGAAUACCCUCUCUGACAUUCCCUGCACGGGGCACAACUGAGAGACCCCGAGGUGGUGGCAUCCCUCGCCCAGCAGAAUGCCAAGAUGGCCAGACUGCUCCCCCACACAGACACCGAUGCGUUCCGCCGCUUCACGCCGGAGACACUGGUGGAAAUCGAGCGGCGCAUGGCGGAGGAAGCUGCCGAGCAGGAGCAUAGGAAAGCCUUGAAUAUCGAGAUCCCGGAGGAGGACCUGCCAAAACCCUCCAAAGACCUGGAGGCUGGCAAGGCUCUGCCAUUCAUCUAUGGAGACCCCCCACCAGAGCUCCUCAACAUACCUCUGGAGGAGUUGGAUCCAUUUUACAAAGCCAAGAAAACUUUCAUCGUGAUCAGCAAAGGGAAUACAAUCAAUAGGUUCAAUGCUGAGCCUGCCUGUUACAUUCUAAGUCCAUUUAGUCCUAUUCGCAGAGGAGCCAUCAGAAUACUCAUACAUUCAUUGUUCAGCAUGUUCAUCAUGGUAACAAUCCUGUCCAACUGUGUGUUUAUGACGAUGAGUAACCCUCCAGAAUGGAGCAAAAUUAUGGAGUAUGUUUUUACAGGUAUCUACACAUUUGAGGCUCUAGUUAAAAUCUUGUCCAGAGGGUUCUGUAUGGGAGAUUUCACAUUCCUUCGAGAUCCAUGGAACUGGCUGGAUUUCAUGGUGAUCAGCAUGGCGUAUGUUACAGAGUUUGUUGACCUGGGAAACGUGUCAGCUCUGAGGACCUUCCGUGUUCUCCGAGCCCUGAAAACAAUUACUGUGAUUCCUGGUCUGAAAACCAUUGUGGGUGCACUUAUCCAGUCUGUGAAGAAGCUGGGAGAUGUCAUGAUCCUGACUGUCUUCUGUCUCAGUGUCUUUGCCCUCAUUGGCCUGCAGCUGUUCAUGGGAAAUCUGCGACACAAAUGUGUCCUGAAUCCUUUUCGAGGCCUUGAAACAAGCUUCAACACAACGGACAACACAACACAUACAAAUAGCACUUUUGACUGGGAGGAAUACAUCAAUAAUCAAGAGCACUACUACUUUCUCCCUGAUAGUCUGGAUGCACUUCUCUGUGGAAACAGCUCUGAUUCUGGGCGGUGUCCUGAUGGAUACGUGUGCAUGAAGGCUGGAAGAAAUCCAAAUUAUGGCUACACCAGCUAUGACAACUUUGGCUGGGCCUUCCUAGCCCUCUUUCGCCUCAUGACGCAAGACUUCUGGGAAAACUUGUUCCAGCUGACUCUCCGGGCAGCAGGGAAGACCUACAUGAUCUUCUUUGUAGUCAUCAUCUUCUUGGGCUCUUUCUACCUGAUCAACCUCAUUUUGGCUGUGGUGGCCAUGGCAUACGCGGAGCAGAAUGAAGCCACCAUAGCCGAAGCUAAGGAGAAGGAAGAGGAGUAUGCAAGAAUCAUGGAACAGCUAAAGAAGCAAGCUGAGCAAAAAAAAGCGAUGGUUAAAGGCAGCAGGACCUCACUCUCGAGCCGAAAGAAAGGUGAUGAUUUAGCUGAUGACAGACUGAAGACAGAACACGACAGCAUUGCCCUAAAACCCCUCUCAGACAAAGGGUCUCUCGAGAUAUUAAAGUCAAAUGGAUCCAAAGGAAGCAUGGAUCACCUAGAAGUGACCAGCGCACACCAAAGGAAACCCAGUGCAUUAAGCGAUGAAAGCAAUGCAGUGGAUGAACUUGAAGACUUAGAAAGACCGUGCCCACCCUUCUGGUACAAGUUUGCUGACAUUUUCCUAAAGUGGGACUGCUGCACACCUUGGAUCCGAUUCAAAAAGUGGGUGUACUUUAUUGUGAUGGACCCUUUUGUGGACCUGGGCAUCACUAUCUGCAUCAUACUGAAUACAGUGUUCAUGGCCAUGGAACACUACCCAAUGACACCUGAAUUUGAAUCAGUCCUGUCUGUUGGAAACUUGGUAUUCACAGGUAUCUUCACAGCUGAGAUGGUCCUGAAGCUCAUCGCGAUGGACCCAUACUACUAUUUCCAGGUUGGCUGGAACAUAUUCGACAGUAUCAUAGUGACAAUGAGCCUGGUGGAGCUGGGCUUGGCCAAUGUGCAAGGACUCUCUGUGCUCAGGUCCUUCCGUCUUCACAGUGGAGAGAAUGAAGAAUUUGAGCUACAGUCAGCGGACGUUUUAAUUGGACACGAGGAAUUUGGGGAGAGCAAGCCUAUUGGAGGACUUCACACCUUUGUUUUGAUGCGUGUCUUCAAGUUGGCAAAGUCUUGGCCCACGCUGAACAUGCUGAUUAAAAUCAUUGGUAACUCUGUGGGCGCUCUCGGCAACCUGACCCUCGUCUUGGCCAUCAUUGUCUUCAUCUUUGCUGUGGUGGGGAUGCAGCUGUUUGGGAAAAGCUACAAGGAUUGUGUGUGCAAGAUUUCAGCAGACUGCGAGCUUCCACGCUGGCACAUGACAGACUUUUUCCAUUCCUUCCUCAUUGUGUUCCGGAUCCUAUGUGGAGAAUGGAUUGAGACCAUGUGGGACUGCAUGGAGGUGGCGGGUCAGGGCUUGUGCAUUGUAGUCUUCAUGAUGGUCAUGGUGAUCGGAAACCUGGUGGUCCUGAAUCUCUUCCUGGCAUUGCUGCUUAGUUCAUUCAGUGGAGAUAAUCUGGCAUCAGAUGACGACGGUGAAAUGAACAACCUGCAGAUUGCCAUUGGAAGAAUCACCAGAGGCAUUGACUGGGUCAAGGCCACCGUUAUUAGACAGGUCAGGCGUCUGCUGGGCCUCAAGCCCAUCGAAGAGCAGAAAAAAGAGAAUGAUGAAGAUGACCUCAAAACUGGCAAUGAUUUAGUCUUGAACCACAUGGACUCUGAGGAUGCAGCACAGAUGAAAAAGCUGGGUGGCACCUUUGAAACAGCUCUUGUGCCUGCAGUCAAAGUUCCAAUCGCAAAGGGAGAAUCUGAUUUUGAAAGCCCUAAUGAUGAUGAGACUUCUGAGGAUGAAGACAAGAAAGCUGAUGAGAAAUACAAACUGAAAAAUACAGAAGCAGAUGACUCCUCCAACUGCAGUACCGUGGAUAAGCCACCUGAGGUAGAAGAGGCAGAGUCAGAGGAUGAACAAGAUCUAACCACCCCAGAGGACUGCUACACUGAGAAAUGCAUCAGGCGGUGUCCGUGCCUGGAAGUGGACAUCACCCAGGGCAGAGGAAAGUCAUGGUGGAACUUUCGUAAGACCUGCUUUACUAUUGUGGAGCACAACUAUUUUGAAACUUUCAUCAUCUUCAUGAUUCUGCUCAGCAGCGGUGCCUUGGCUUUUGAGGACAUUUACAUUGAGCAACGAAGAGUGAUUAAAAUCAUCCUUGAGUAUGCAGAUCAAGUCUUCACCUAUGUUUUCGUCGUUGAGAUGCUCCUAAAAUGGGUUGCCUAUGGUUUCAAGACUUACUUCACAAAUGCUUGGUGCUGGCUAGACUUCCUCAUUGUUGAUGUCUCCCUGAUCAGUUUGACCGCUAACAUUUUGGGUUACUCUGAGCUUGGACCCAUCAAAUCCCUGCGGACAUUGAGAGCUCUGAGGCCACUUCGUGCUCUAUCUAGAUUUGAAGGAAUGAGGGUGGUGGUGAAUGCCCUGGUUGGAGCCAUCCCCUCCAUAUUCAACGUAAUGCUGGUGUGCCUGAUCUUCUGGCUGAUCUUCAGCAUAAUGGGGGUGAACCUGUUUGCAGGAAAGUUCUACUAUUGCUUAAACACAACCUCAGAGGAGUUAUUCCCUCUUGAAGAUGUGAACAACAAGUCUGACUGCUUUGGCCAUAUUGCUGCUGGUGCAGACGCAAGAUGGAUGAACCUGAAGGUCAACUAUGACAACGUGGGCAUGGGCUACCUCUCCCUACUCCAAGUGGCAACAUUUAAAGGAUGGAUGGAUAUCAUGUAUGCUGCUGUGGAUUCCCGUGAUGUGGAAGAUCAACCCUCUUAUGAGGCAAACCUUUACAUGUACCUUUACUUUGUUAUUUUCAUCAUCUUUGGAUCCUUCUUUACCCUCAAUUUAUUUAUUGGUGUCAUCAUUGAUAAUUUCAACCAGCAAAAAGCAAAGCUAGGAGGGCAGGAUCUCUUUAUGACAGAGGAACAGAAAAAGUACUACAAUGCCAUGAAAAAGCUCGGGUCUAAGAAACCACAGAAGCCUAUCCCGCGACCUCAGAACUGUUUUCAAGGAUUCAUCUUUGACAUCGUAACAAAGCAGUUCUUUGACAUCUUGAUUAUGGGUUUGAUCUGUUUGAACAUGAUCACCAUGAUGGUUGAGACUGAUGAACAGAGUGAAGAUAUGGAAACAAUUCUCUACUAUAUCAAUUUUGUCUUCAUUGUGAUGUUCACUGGAGAGUGUGUGCUUAAAAUCAUCGCCCUUCGACAGUACUACUUUUCUGUUGGAUGGAAUAUUUUUGAUUUUAUUGUUGUCAUUCUUUCAAUUUUAGGCAUCAUGCUGGCAGAUCUCAUUGAGAAAUACUUCGUGUCUCCCACCCUUUUUCGUGUCAUCCGACUUGCCAGAAUAGGCCGUGUUCUGCGUCUGAUCAGAGGAGCUAAAGGCAUCCGGACGCUGUUGUUUGCAUUGAUGAUGUCCCUCCCUGCUCUCUUCAAUAUUGGCCUCCUCCUCUUUUUGAUCAUGUUCAUAUUCUCCAUAUUUGGCAUGUCAAACUUUGCCUAUGUGAAAAAAGAGAUGGGCAUUGAUGACAUGUUCAAUUUCGAGACCUUUGGAAACAGCAUAAUAUGUUUGUUCAUGAUCACAACAUCUGCAGGAUGGGAUGGUCUCUUGUCCCCUAUUCUCAAUAGCUCACCUCCCGACUGCGACCCAGAGAUAGAGAAUCCUGGCACGGACGUGAGAGGCAACUGUGGGAACCCUGCAGUGGGGAUAGUCUUUUUCUGCAGCUAUAUCGUGAUGUCCUUCCUUGUGGUGGUCAACAUGUACAUUGCCAUCAUUCUGGAGAACUUUAAUGUAGCAACAGAGGAGAGUGGUGAGCCCUUAUGUGAGGAUGAUUUUGAGAUGUUCUAUGAGACCUGGGAAAAGUUUGAUCCAGAUGCUUCACAGUUCAUUGAUUACAAUUCGCUGUCAGAAUUCUGCGACACACUGAAGGACCCACUGAGGAUCCCAAAGCCAAACACGAUCAAGCUGAUCACCAUGGACCUCCCCAUGGUACCUGGGGACAAAAUCCACUGUCUUGACAUCCUGCUAGCUCUAACGACUGAAGUGCUCGGUGAGUCAGAGGAAAUGGACACACUCAAAGCAAGCAUGGAGGAGAAAUUCAUGGCAAAUAACCCCUCAAAAGUGUCAUAUGAGCCAAUAACCACCACUCUUCGACGCAAGCAGGAGGAGGUGGCUGCUGUAGUCAUCCAAAGAGCCUACCGCAAACACAUGCUAAGGCGUACUCUCAAACAUGCAUCAUACAUGUUCAGAGAAAAGAGUGACUUGAAGAGGAAGGAUGAGGAGGCGCCAGAGAAGGUGGGAAUGAUUGCAAGCCGAUUGAGCCAACUCUAUGGGGACCAAGCUUCAAAGCAGCUUCCUUCUGUGACCGUCGCUUUCCCCGAAAAGAAGAACAAUGUAGCAAGAGGUGAGGGUAAACGUCCUUCUGUUGAGGUGCAGAAUGAGGUGGUCUUGCAUUCUGCCCCAUUCGCUGUCCCUGAGUCUUCAGCCUAUGUGGACAACUUGAGAGAGUCCAUUGUGUAACAAAUGCUGGAUGCAUUAGACACUUUUCUUGGAUUACAGACUACAUCAUGGUAAUGCACUGCAGCUAAUAUAAAGGGAAUCUGAGAGAUAGUGUGUUCAUUUGUGAGUUGCCAGGGAUGGAAACAGAAACAUCUGAUUGUACACUGCACAUCAGCAUGAUUCUUUAAAACGUCAAUCUGUUACAGAGUGUUAAGUCUGGUAGGCUCAACUGCCUCUUUUCUUGUCUACUCUGAAUAGUAGAAUUAAAUACAAAAGUUGUACUUUUAGAUUCUCUAUGAAUACUUCUGGUACUACGCCGAAGACAUUUUAGCUUAGAAAGUGCAUCAUAAAGUUUUAGGAGAAGAAAAGACUAACAGCAAAAUACCUGUUUUUUACACAUAAAAUCAUGUGGUAUUAAUACAAUUUAUUCUAGUCUAACAUUGUAACUUUUCAUAAUGAAUUUAUUUUUCAUCAAAUAAAUUGUAGCACUGAUCUGACAUUUUUGCACACUGCAAAAAUAUAUAUCUUGGCAAGUGAAUUCAGCUUAAAUGUAGUUUAAUAUUUCUUAUUUUGGGAUUGUUGAAACUUACUUUUAUAUAAUGUGACAAGACAGCAAUGUACACAAAUUGCUGACCCAUCAAACCAUUGAAACUUUCCUCUCUCUCCUCAUUCUGGACAUAUGUUAAGCAAAUGAGCUUGGCGAUGAUCAGAUUGUGGAUAUGUGAGAUAUCACUGACAAAAUAAAAAACAAAAUCCUUAAUAAUAAUAAUAAAAAAAAUAAUACAAACAACACUGUUUACAUUGAUUACACUAGGCUAUUUUAAACACAAACAGUCUUUUCAUUUAAAAUCACAUUUAUCACCAUAUCUUCAGUUUAACAUUCAAAUCUGGAGACUAAAGACUUGACUGAGUGAAUGACAGAUAGAAACUGAUUGCUGAGCAGUGACUGGAGGGCCAAAACAACAAGGUAGGGCUUAAGAGCGGUCUGUCAAAGACAAGAGUAGUUAAACAUAAACAGUUAUUAACAAUGAAUUUGUCAAAAUUCAAUCCACAUCUUUUUAGUGCCGUUCUUACAUUGAAUAAUUAUUAAGAUGCAAAAGGGCACAUGCUCCACCACCAGCAAGAGAAGAUAUAAUACAGUAAUAAUCCAGAAGUUGAUAAGUGGCCCCUAGUGGCCACAGGGCCCUAAGCAGCUGCUUAUGUUGCUUAACAAGCACAGCUGGCACUGAUUGCCGCCGAAAGGGAUUAACUGAUCAAACACAAAGAGUGCAGUUCUCCAAGCCAUAGCCAGGGUUAUUGGCCGCAAACCACCUCCCUAAAUUUACACACGCCAGGAUGCCUGAGCUAUGAGUCUCUCCCCGUCUUCAUACGGCCUCUAGUAAAACUGUUUCUCAAUACUCAUUUAUUAAAAAUAUUAGCAGAAUACUAGCAUAACUGAAAGUAGGCAUUCAUUCAGCCAUCAAAACUUUGCUGGUUGUAAGCAAUAGAUGGCUAACUUUAUGCAAGUCUUUUUCUCCCACUGUCUACGUCUACCUAGUUGCACCACCAAAAAUAACCUAUGUGUGAAAAAUACUGCUCUGAUCCUGGAUGACUGGCCAGUUCUCCCACUGAAAAUAUCACUUAAACAGUGCAUGUCUACUGCAGGCUUUAAAUGUAUGUACAUGAAACAUAAACAUAAUGCAAACUGUAUCGUAAAACAAGUGCAUACAAGUCCUUACUAUGCUCAUAUUAAUAUAUUUAUUAAUUAUAUUAUUAGUUGCAUUUAAACAAGCCCCUUAGCAACCCCAUAUCACUCAAAAUUAUCCAUCAUGAGACAAAAUGACUAUAAACAAGUAAAAAUUUAUAGCAAUAAAUUGAAUCAUCUUAUAAUAUUGCAAAAACAAUCUCAAAUUGAGAAAUGUCAAAUAUUUUAGAUCAUUUUAUUUGCCAAGAUGUAAUUUUUACUGUGUUUUUGAUUUAAAUUUUAAGCUUUGGCACUGCUUGCCCUAACAGUUGACACAUAUGGGUGUACUCAUAUGGGUAGAAAUGUAUAACUGAGAAAAAGAUCAGUUCUAAAGCUAUAUUAAUGAGUCUAACAGAAAUAAAGGCAGCAAUAAUGUUAAUGCAUACAACAAAUGUGAAAAUGGAAAAAUAUAAAAUAACGCUUUGAAGUAGUACACAUAAAGUAAUACUUGUAUACAAUACUGUAAUACAAAUAAAUAUCACCUAUCACUGAAAAAAGGCAUAUACUCUCACCAGCUGUCCUGCAGCUGUCAGUCAGCCUAAUGUAAAUACAAAAUCUAUACUUCAUUUCCACCUAGUAGAACUGUUUCAGUAGAAUAUACUAGCAAGCUUAUUCCAUACACAAAAAUGACAGUACUGUGAAGAAAAUGUCCAUAUGUCUUGCUAAUUUUGCUUAAAUUAUAAAAUGUUACAUUUUUUCAGGCAGUAAAGGUAUAAAAGCCUUAGUUUAAAAGAGGUUUUAUGGGUAUACUGAGUGUUAACAGGGAACGGACCCAUUUUAAAUAAAACUGUCCACCAGUGAGAAAACAAACAAACAAAAAAAACACCAAAGGAUUGUUGACUUUAUUAUUAAUUUUAGUGUAUUUUUUUAUUGUUUAUCUAUACAAGGGCUACAUUUCUAAAUGUAAAAAUCCAAAAUAGUGAAUUGGCUAAAAGACUUAGAAUAAGAUAUAUUAUUUUACUUUCAUUUAGGUUUAAAUAUAUUUAUUAUUUCUUUUGAUUUCAUUGUCAAUUUUACAAAUCUUGAUUAUAUUUAGAUCACAAAAAUAAAUAAAGGGUAUAUUGACAAAAUCCCACUUUUACAUUGUCUUGAUAAAAACUAUUUUUACUUUUUUGAAUAUGUGCCAUGUUUACACUGAAUGCACCCAACAGCUUUUCUUUCUUUAGACUGUUAAAUGAGAGAUGUGGUAAAGAGUGUGCAUGAAAAAAGACAAACCAAAAACAGUGAGUCACUUUAGCAGUGCUCCUAAUUUUUUUAUUAGUGUUAUUUAAAUUAAUAAAUGACAGUAUUUAGGGGUCCUAAUGGCUUUAGAAAAUGUUGUGAACCCAGAGUAGUAAUCUUGGAUCAGUUUUUGCCUUUCACUUCCAAAUGAAUGUGACUAUAUGGGAGGUUUGGGAUUCUGUAUCAGUAUGCUGGUUUAAAACAAACAAAUAACAAUUCAAUUUAUCUCUUUAUUAUUCUUGAAAUAUUCAGAUGUUAAACAGGUGUGGACAAUAAAACCUGUGUGGUUUUAACUACAAUACUGAUGUGAUCUAACCUCUUACAUACAUUGUACAGAAACCAUCUAGUAAAAUAUUUUUACUGAUUUUUUUUAGGUAAGUUAUUGCUUAGUCUCAUAUACAGUACCACAGAAAUCAAACACUACAAAUGUAACUUUAUAUAUGUUAUUUUCAUGAGAUUGGUGUUAACAGCUGUAAAUACUAACAGAUGCCUAAUCGCAAACACCAAAAAAUAACAAGUAAUUAAACUGUUCAUAUUUUGUUGAGAUGUUUUGAGAUGAGUGUAAAGUCUUAAGAUGUUUAUUGAGAGUGUUUACACUACCGUUCAAAAGUUUAGAAUCACUGUUCAAAAGUAUGGGAUCACUUUUCUGUAAAAUAACAGUUUUUUGUUACAGAAAAAUGAUUCUAAUGUACAACUUCACUGGUUCCAAAAAUUUAGUAGAAAACUAUGAAACUAUAAAAAAAAAGAAACUCUAGUGGAUGAUUCUAAAAUUACAGUUCAAGAAUGACUUGUAUGUUGACAAAAGAAAGCUACAACAUAUCAUUUGUCAUUUCAUGAAAUUUUAUACUUUUUUAUGCUAACCCCCCCCCCCUCAAAAAAUAUAUAAAAUAUAGAAAAUAUUCAGUCUACAUUACAGAUGUUAUUAUUGCAUAACAAAUAUGACAGGUGAUUCUUGAACAGUGGUGUAAAUGAACUGAGAUUGUUAAUGUAAUUUAUUGCACAGUGAUUUUUUCAUUAGAAUGGCAGGUUUGUUGGGGUACUUAUGUUUAACUUGCUUGCUGACUAAAACAACAAAACUGUAUCUAUCGCUGUAUAAUUUUCAUUCUGUACACAAAUGUAUCAUUUUUUGAUGAUCAAACUAAUAAAUUUAGCAAUAUUUCUUUAAA